AUGGAAGAAGACUUAUUCUUGGUACUCGAGUAUAGCAUGAAGUCUUCUGCUUACUCGAAAGUGCCCGGAACUGGCGAGGAAUUGAAUCACAUGAUUAGCGCAGUAAGACGCAGUAAAAUUUCGUUUAAUUUUGGCCAACACUAUUUCAUAUUUUUAGCCAGAACUUUGGAUAUAAUAAUUCGACACCCAAGCUGGCAAACUAAUAAAACCUCUCUGGUUCCCUGCCAGUUCCACGACAGUUCCAUGACGUGCCGGCCGAAAUUAAUCGCAGAUUUACAUCGAAUUACUGCGCCACCCGAUACGAUAUUUUUUACACCAUUUCAGCAAUCAAAAACAGCUAGAAUGGCGCCAAUACCGACGCAACUUCUUAACAACAAAAAGGUUACAGAACCAGAUAAGCACAUGCAAUAG